AUGGCGGCACGGGAGGGCUCUCUGGUGGCGGCCGUGCUGGAGCACUCGGGCCGGCUCGACAAAGAGCACCUGGGAGUCCGCGUCGGGCGCCUCUCCCGCCGCGUCGAGGAGCUCAAGGGAGAGGUGUGCACCAUGAUCAACAAGAAGUACACAGACUUCCUGCCCAGCGUUCGGGGAGCAGAGGACCUGGUGGCACAGGUGGAGGGGCUAGCCAGCAACAUCGACCAGCUCAAGGCACACAUCGAGAACGAGGUCCAGCGAGAUCUAAAUGUUGCUGGUGCUGAGUUCACAGAGCUGAAGCAGCAGCUGGAGAGGGACACGCUGGUCCUGAGUGUCCUCAAAAAGCUGCAGGAGUUUGAUACAGCUAUCAAAGAGUUCCAUUCUGCCCUGCUGGAGGAGCAGUACGUGACAGCAGCCCAGCAGCUGGAGAAGGCACGGAGCAGCCUCAGGAUCCUGGAGUCCCGCAAGGGCUUUGAGCUGAAGAUCCUGAAGGCCCUGGGCAAGGAGCUCAUAGUGCAGACACAAAACAUAAUCUACCAUCUCUGGCAGGAGUGGCAGAAGCUCAUUGUGUGGAAGCUUCCCCCUUCCAAAGGAAGCAGCAGCCUGGAGGCCGUGGUGCUCUCGGAGCUGCACUUGCACACGGUGCCACCCCAGGACAAGGACACUGCUGUCCCACCCGUGGCUGCUGUGCUGCAGGCCUUGGCUGUCCUGGGAGAGCUGCACUGCAAGCUCAAAGAUUUUGGCCAUUUUUUGCUGCAGUACAUCCUGAAGCCACUGAUCUUGCACCCAUCUCUGGAGCCAGACCCAGAGGAACAGCCAGAUGUGUUCAUCCUGAGGUUCAGGUCCCAGGAGCUUGCCUUGGAUGAGGCCUCUCCUAUGGAGGUGUUUGACAAGAUCAAGUUGGUUUUUGAAGUUCUGCAAAAAUACCUGCUAAAUGUGGCUCUGGAGCAGCCUGGGGAAGGCAGAGUCACCCUGGCAGAGCUGCUGGGGGAGCUCAUAUGGGAGGAGCUCUCAGACUGCCUCAUCCACAACUGCCUGGUGAAAUCCAUCCCAACCAACAGCAGCAAACUGGAGCAAUACAAAGAGGUGAUCAGAUCCACAGAGGAAUUUGAGAAAGCCCUGAAGAAUAUGCAGUUUUUGAAGGAAGACACAACUGCCUUGCUGAAAUACGCCUGCAAUGUCAAUUCCCACUUUGCCAACAAGAAGUGCCAGGAUGUGAUCAUGGCAGCCAGGAACCUGAUGACCUCAGAAAUACACAACACUGUGAAGAUCACACCUGAUUCCAGAGUACCCCUCCCAGAGCUCCCUGAUCCUGGGUCAGGGGACCACUUGAAAACACACAGACCCUCCAACCUGCACAGUGGGAUGGUGAAUUUGGGGAGUGAGAGCAGGCUGAGCCCACUCACCCUGUCCCUGCCCACCUGCCGCAUCAGCUCCUCUGUGCAGCAGCUCGUGGAGCUGGCUUAUCACACCCUGCUGGAGGCCACAGCCAGCACAGAUCUCUGCUGUUUGCAGCUCUUCAACUGUGUCAGGGACAUCUUCCAGCUCUUCUGUGAGGUAGUGCCCAUGUACCACAGGGAGAACCUGCAGAAGCUGCCCCAGCUGGCUGCCAUCCACCACAACAACUGCAUGUACAUCGCCCACCACCUGCUCACCCUGGGCCACCAGUUCCGCUACAGCAGCGCCAGCGUGCUGAGCAGCGUGGCUGUCACCUUCGUGGACCUGGUGCCUGGCUUCAGGAGGCUGGGGGUGGAGUGUUUUCUGGCCCAGAUGCGAGUGCAGAAGGGAGAAAUCCUGGAGAGGCUCUCGAGUGCCAGGAAUUUUUCCAACAUGGAUGAUGAGGAGAAUUACCGUGCAGCAAAUAAAGCCAUAAAGCAGGUGCUGCACCAGCUGAGGAGGCUGGGCAUGGUGUGGCAGGAUGUGCUCCCUGUGAACGUGUACUGCAAGGCCAUGGGGACCUUACUGAACACAGCCCUGGCAGAGAUUGUCACCAGGAUUGUAGCCCUGGAGGAUAUCUCUGCAGAGGAUGCAGACAGGCUGUACUCACUCUGCAGGAUCAUGGUAGAGGAGGGACCCCAAGUUUUCACCCCUCUCCUUGAAGAAGACAAAAAUAAGAAGUACCAAGAGGAAGUUCCAGUCUAUGCACAGAACUGGAUGACGUUCAAGGAGCUGAUGAUCAUCCUGCAGGCCAACCUCCAAGAAAUUGUGGAUCAGUGGGCAGAUGGCAAGGGGCCUCUGGCAAAGGAAUUUUCAGCAGCUGAGGUGAAGAGUCUGAUCCGAGCCUUGUUCCAGAACACGGAGAGGAGAGCAGCAGCACUGGCCAAGAUCAAGUGACUCCACUUUGCACCUCUGGCUUGUGACACAGCACAAGUGAGUGCUUCCUGGAGCUUGGCUGAGGGAAAGGAGCAUUCCUGGCACAGUGUUUGUGUAACCUCAUCUCAGGCUGGGCUCGGGGCAUUUUCAGUGCUCAGCUGGGACUCUUCUAUGCAGUUCUACAUCAGGGGACCUGCAGCCCCUCUGUGACCUCUUCUGUCCCUCAAACCACAAGUGGAACCCACAGACUUGGAGAGCUUUUGAUAUCUCUCCAUGAAGUGCCAAACUUUCCCACCUCAGCUUCCCCUGAGGAGCAGACCUCGAGGGAGAGAUGCUUUAGAGAGGGAUUUGGGGGAGGGAGAUCCUGUGCUGAAUGUGGU